AUGCCCCUGAAGUACACUCUCAGGAGGCCAGUCCUCGAAUGGAGCCAACAGAGCACUGCCCCUGAACACCAGGCCGCAGAGGCCGAGCGGGGUCACGCCGUCAUCGACGACCUGAGGGACUACCCCGUCGAACUCUUUCAUUUGCGCGUGCGUUCCAUCCAAGAACAGCUUUCACAUCAUCACCCGCCCACCUAUAUCUACAUCGCCGCUCUCGCCUCUAUCCUCCUGCUCUUGCUCGUCUUCAUCGCCACAGCCCUGGCUCUCCAUGUCUCGGACGGCAAGCCCUGGGUCCUAGGCGUGAUCGUGGUCUUGAUCAUGACCUUCGUCGCCAAAAUGUUUUUUCUUUCCAGAAUUGAGAAGGCACACAAAGAGAUCAAUAUUCUACUUCACUCUUUCAACAACCAGGACAUGCCUCACUACGACGUGCUCUACAGGCUGCGCCCAGGAACCUUUUCAUUCGCGCACUCAUCAUUUCUCAACCGAUGCGCUUACCGACUCAACCUGGGGCUGCCCAGCUGGGUGAUCGACCUCACAACUGUCGACCAUAUUGAUGAAUACUCCUUCCAGGAACACCCCGCCACUGACCCACAUGCUUUGCCCGAAGAGGUUUUAGCGAGAGAGAAUGAGCUGCCGACCUAUCGUUCCAAAGAGUAUGAAGAGGAAGAACACGGCGAUGGAAUGCAUCGCCACCAGGGCGUGUUCCUGAGCGAGGGACAGCCACCAGAGUACCAGCAAGUCGUCAUUGAAAUGGAAACACAUUCUCGCCCAGCACUAGCAGCACCACCUGCAUCAGAGACAGGAGCAGGAGCAGGGACUCUGAAUAUAUCUGUCGCAUGA